CGUUAGAAAAGCUUUAAGAUAAGAGCUUCAAGCCUGUCUCUCCCUGCUUCACCUUUUCCCUUUUGCCAUUUUCGAGAGAGAGAGAGAGAGAGAGAGAUUGAGUUCGAUUCUGUUACCUGAAAAAUCCUAGGAGAACAGAGCUGAGAUGGGUCAAGACUCGCACUACGGACCUCCAGGGAUGUAUCCUUCUCUGCCCCCUUCAAGUCCUCCCCAUCCGCUCCUGAACUGCCGCUGGGCCACACUUAUCCUCCGCCGCCGCAGGUCGAUCCUCCACAGGCUACAGUACAUGUGUACCCUCCGCCACCUCAGAUGUAUCCGAAGGUGUCGACCCCGUCGUAUUCAUAUCCACCCCCCAUCCAAGUGUAUCCUCCGGCACCACCACAGUCUUAUUCAUAUCCACCGCCGCAGCAGCCAUCGGGUCAUGGCUACCCUCAAGGCCCUUACGUGGUUCCGCCACCAGUUGCUUACCCUUCGAAGGAUGGCCUGCAGGGCUCCCAGCAAGCGCCACCACCGCGGAAGGCGAAAACUAAGAAAAGGGGAGAUGGGUUCUGGAGUGGAUUCUGUGCUGGGAUGUGCUGCUGCUGCUGCUUGGAUAUAUGCUGUUGAAUAAUGCCUUCCAUGGUGCGGCUUCCUCCUAUUGAUGUGGACCUCUUUGCUCUGCCAAACAGAAACAGAAUUUUCUUUUUGUUUCUUUGCAUGGAUCUCGUGUCUCAUUUUUUGCUUAUUCAUCUCUUUAUCGUUUCUGUCGAUGAAUUAGAAGGGUUGCUGUACUAUCUGUAAGAGAGGUUAUGACAGAGCAUAUAGAGUGAAACUAAGCUGGACUGAAGAUCCAGACUGCUUUGUGGAGAUGUCAUGUCACAUUAUCUUCUUGUUAUUAUAUGGUGUGACCGUGUGAACAGUUAUAGCAUACAAGAAUCUAAGAA